UGAUCAGAGUCGUGAUAAGUUCACAGGUUCGAUUUCCCGCCGGACGUUUCAACACGUUUCAACGGUUCUAACAUCUGAGCGGCGGAGGGACACAGUGAAGAGGUGAAGAGGUGAAGCCGCCGCAGGAUGAAGUGCUUCCGCCUCUAGAGACAGAAAGACGCCCCCGACAUGUUGGAGAAAAGAGCGACGGAGUUUAAAGAGGAGGAGGAGAGAGGGAAACAGGUGAAGGAACCGUUCUGCAGCCAGUAUCACUGUGGUUCUCUGCUCGGCAGAGGAGGAUUCGGUUCUGUGUUCUCAGGCCACCGGCUCUGUGAUGGACUGCAGGUUGCCAUUAAACAGGUUUCCAGUGACAGAGUUCAGCAAUGGGCCAGACUGCCCGGCGACGGUAGCCCCGUUCCCAUGGAGGUAGCCCUGCUGGAGCGGCUUUCGGAGGUCGAAGGUCACAAAGGAGUCAUCUCCAUGCUGGACUGGUUCGAGGUGGAGGGGCAGGGCUUCCUGUUGGUGCUGGAGCGACCACCGAUGUGUCAGGACCUGUUCGACUUCAUCACUGAGAGGGGAGCGCUGCCUGAACACCUCGCGCUCAGGUUUUUCCGUCAGGUCGUGGAGGCGCUGCAGUUCGUACACGCUCACGGAAUCGUGCACAGAGACAUUAAAGACGAAAACAUUGUGGUCGACACGAGGACACUUGACGUCAAGAUCAUCGACUUCGGCUCAGGCGCUCCGCUCAAAGAGACGCUGUACAGCGAGUUCGAAGGUACUCGGGUGUACAGUCCUCCUGAGUGGAUCCAGUCUCAGUCCUACCACGGCGUCUCUCUCACCGUCUGGUCUCUUGGCGUUUUGCUCUUUGACAUGGUUUGUGGUGAUAUCCCAUUCGAGCGUGACCAGGAGAUUGUGGCGGCCACGCCCAUUUUCACCAGACGGGUCUCCAAAGAAUGCCAGUCUCUGAUUCGCUGGUGCCUCUCGUACCGUCCAGAGGAGCGUCCGACGCUGGAGGAGAUCCUGAACCACCCCUGGAUGGAGGAGGGGGGAGGGGACCUGCAGGACGACCACAUCUCUCUGCCCAGUCAGUCCCUCUGACACGCGUCCCUGAACGUCACUGAACUCUUUACGCCACAGGCUGGCACAGCUCAGCCAGCAGGGCGGCGACAGAAACUAAAACCUCACAAUGGACUUUAAAGGAGCAGGUCGUGUUUUUAACUGCUGGAGGAUCAAACUGUUUAUUUCUGCCUCAAAAUCAACGUCUGAAAUCCCUGAUGUUCACGUGUCCUUGAACUCAGCGGCAGAGUUGUCAAACAGCGACGCCGGCGCAAACGAACCCGUAAAAAGAGAGAAUGUACGGAGAAAGUGAAGCAGCUGCAGGAAGAAGAGAAGUAUUUAUUUAAGUCUGGUUAUUUAUCUGAACGCAGCAGGCUCAGAGGUCAUGUCUGAUUGGUCGAGACUGACCUCCACUUUGGUUAUUUAUUGAUCAUAAUAUUUAUUUUGUUUUUCAGUCACUUUACUGAUAGUUUCACGUCGUCUGUUGUAAACAUGAGGAAAAUGGAGGAACACGUGAUGAACGCGUGACGAACAGAAACCCGGUUUUGUACAAAUCAUCAAAAUUUGAAAUCAAAUGAGAAUAUUCACCUCCUUGGUUUAAAUACAAAAGACAUAUACGGAUUUAAAUAUUCUUCAAUAUUUUUCACUAUUUUGAUCAGUUCAGCAAAAAUGCAAAACUAUAUCGUCACCCUCUUAAAUAUUGAAUAUAUGAUAUUUAUUAAUAAUUUCACUCAAAAAGGUUAUGACAAUAGAUGAAUAUUGACAUACUAAUAAUGUCUGUCAAUUAUGUAACAUAAGAGGAAUAAAUGACUUAGGCAAAUUUUUGAACAUGCCUUGGUGACUUAAGCAAUUUUAAACCUUCAACUCUGUCAACAAUAAAGCAUAACUAACAAACUAACUAAACAUAAUGCUGAGGAGGCAUGUGCAUCUCCUCAGUUCUCCUUCCAGCUCUUCUUUGCUGGGUUCUUGACUGAUGCCUAUUAAUGUGGCAAAUUGUCAAAGAAGUGAUGACACUCGAUGGGCAUGACGUGUUUCAUUGACUGGAGGUCCUGGAACCUUCUCUCCUUGAUUGGCAGAGCACAUGGAAACAUUGUUAUCCAUGCUAUCGGCUCGUUUGGCACCUGUACCCUGUGUGGCAGUGCUUCCCACGCAUGAUGACGUAGUCUCUCGGGGUGAAGUUAUCCAUAACUAUUUUGCGUUCAAUAGUACUAUGCAUGCUGUCACACUCCAUUUGUGUGUGUGCCCUGCAACAAGGUAUUUCUGUGUUUUGACUUUGAUCUCCUUCAGUUUCUGGAUGGUCUUUGAUCACACCUUCAAAGGACUCAUCAAAGGAUGGGGUAUAGUCUGGAUCGCUUAUGACAUCAUCAGAUAUGUCCUCUUCAUGGUGUGGAUGUGUCUGUUUGGCAUCUUCAACAACAUCAACGGGAAUGUUUCAGGUAUUGUCUGCUCCAUCUGAAACGGAGCCUUUCCACUCUUUGCUAAAUGCUAGCUUCAUGGACCUAGCUAUUUUGCUGACUAAAAAGACUAAAUAACUAUGCAAUAUUUAUAGCCUAGCCUAUAUUAUAGUAAACCUCAUCACUUUAUUAAUAAUUUAUGAAAAUAAGAAAACUGAUGUUUUCUCAGUAAAACCUUUGUGUCAAAGGGGGGACUGCAGCUGGUCUGUGGAUGUUUGACUCUGGAUUUUCUCCAUUUUCCUCCCGUUGCUCAGACGACUCAGACGUUUACAGAAAAGUGUCCUCACGGACAGAAACGUUUCUGCAGGUGAUUCAGACACGAAACAUCGAAGAAGAAAUGUUUUUUAGUCUGAGUUUCCACCUGCGUCCUCCGUUCUGACGAGGAUCAGGUCUCAGGUUCGUCAUGUAAGUACUUGUGUAUUGUUCAGGGGUCAAAGGUCAAAGUGGCUCGUCUGUCACUUGUUUUUGUUUAUUUACAUUAAAUAAGAAUCUGGAUGAAGAGAAAAAAGAUCCGAUGUUUGAAUAAAAGUUUCUGUUUUCAUCA